UCGCAUGUUAUCGCGUGUUGUGGCCCCGCAGCCCUGUACCUGCUGUACGCGCGGCUGGAGGAGGAGUGGGGCCUGGCUGGGUGUCGUGUGUUGGUGUGUGUUGUCGCAUGUUGUCGCAUGUUGUCGUAUGUUAUCGCAUGUUAUCGCAUGUUGUGGCGUGUUGUGGCCCCCCGCAGCCCUGUACCUGCUGUACGCGCGGCUGGAGGAGGAGUGGGGCCUGGCCCGCCACGCCAUGGCCGUGUACGAGCGCGCGACGCGGGCGGUGGAGCCGGCGCAGCAGCGCGACAUGUUCAACAUCUACAUCAAGCGCGCGGCCGAGAUCUACGGCGUCACGCACACGCGCCCCAUCUACCAGAAGGCCAUCGAGGUCCUCUCGGACGAGCACGCGCGCGAGAUGUGCCUGCGCUUCGCCGACAUGGAGUGCAAACUCGGCGAGAUCGACCGCGCCCGCGCCGUGUACAGCUUCUGCUCGCAGAUCUGCGACCCCCGCGUGAGGGAGCACGGGGA